GCGAGAGCGCGCGCGCGGCGGGGGCGGGCCGGGCCGGGCUGCGCCGCGCUGCGCUGGGCCCGCCGCGCGCUCACCUUGUCGCCGUGCCCCGGCCGCUGCCCGCGAAGAUGGCCACCGACGGGCUCCACGAGAACGAGACGCUGGCGUCGCUGCGGAGCGAGGCGGAGAGCCUGAAGGGCAAGCUGGAGGAGGAGCGGGCCAAGCUGCACGACGUGGAGCUGCACCAGGUGGCCGAGCGCGUGGAGGCCCUGGGACAGUUCGUCAUGAAGACCAGGCGGACCCUCAAGGGCCACGGGAACAAAGUGCUCUGCAUGGACUGGUGCAAGGACAAGAGGCGGAUCGUGAGCUCGUCCCAGGACGGGAAGGUGAUCGUGUGGGACUCCUUCACCACCAACAAGGAGCACGCCGUCACCAUGCCCUGCACGUGGGUCAUGGCCUGUGCCUACGCGCCCUCGGGCUGCGCCAUCGCCUGCGGGGGUCUGGACAACAAGUGUUCCGUGUACCCGCUGACCUUUGACAAGAACGAGAACAUGGCUGCCAAGAAGAAGUCGGUGGCCAUGCACACCAACUACCUGUCGGCCUGCAGCUUCACCAACUCGGACAUGCAGAUCCUGACGGCGAGCGGGGACGGGACCUGUGCCCUGUGGGACGUGGAGAGCGGGCAGCUGCUGCAGAGCUUCCACGGGCACGGCGCCGACGUGCUCUGCCUGGACCUGGCGCCCUCGGAGACUGGCAACACCUUCGUGUCGGGGGGCUGUGACAAGAAAGCCAUGGUGUGGGACAUGCGCUCGGGCCAGUGCGUGCAGGCCUUUGAGACCCACGAGUCCGACAUCAACAGUGUCCGCUACUACCCGAGUGGAGACGCCUUUGCGUCAGGAUCGGAUGAUGCCACGUGUCGCCUGUACGACCUCCGUGCCGACCGGGAAGUGGCCAUCUACUCCAAGGAGAGCAUCAUUUUUGGAGCGUCCAGCGUGGACUUCUCCCUCAGCGGCCGCUUGCUGUUUGCCGGGUACAAUGACUACACCAUCAACAUCUGGGAUGUGCUCAAGGGGUCCCGCGUCUCCAUCCUGUUCGGACACGAAAACCGCGUCAGCACGCUGCGUGUCUCCCCUGACGGGACUGCUUUCUGUUCCGGGUCAUGGGACCACACCCUUCGAGUCUGGGCUUAGUCGCCCCCUCACAGUGCCCAUCUGUGAGGCCCUUGUGGAGUCACACCUAACUCUGAGCAUGUCCGAGGGUUGUGGUCGCACCGUGGACAGACACGCACUGCGUCUCAGCUCCGAUACCACCCCCGGAACCUUCUCGGUGUCUGCACUUAGAACCACAGGAGUCAGUAGUACUUUUCAGUUUAGAGACUUUUUCAGAUAUCUAUUUUUAAGGUUAUUCCAAUUAUACUUGUCUCAACUUGAUUCACUCUAUUAGCAUUGGAUUUCUGUAUCCAAUAUGGCCUAUAUUAUUCCUUAAAUCAAAUUUGUGAUUGGAAU